AUGGUAGGGGAUUCCAGCAAUUCAGAAGAACAAUCUGUGAAAACCCGGUUAUCCAAACCAGAUUCACACAUUUUCUUAAAGCCACUAAUGAGCUACAUCCUUUACUACUGUAGAAUUGCUUUGCACUUUGUGAGAGAACAUUUGUUAAGCUGUAUGUCACAAAACAAGAACAUCCCUGAAGAAGAGGUUAGAAAGGAUUCGUCAACGAUGUUUUCUGAAAUUCUGUCAUCUCUGGAAACAACUGGAGACGACGACAAACAAAAUAUGUUGGAUAGCGUCCAAAAUGAGCAAGUUGAAGAAAUGAUUGAAAAAUAUGCAGAGACUAUGGACUGUAUAAGCAAGGUUCCUUCAGUAACUGAAUCUACAGAUAACUAUCCAAAUUUAACCAGAACCGAUAAUAUGGCGGCUGAACAUGGGCGACAAACAGAAGUACAAUCGUACUCACACGAAUCACAGAAUUCUCUGCCAAACCUUCCCAUGGAAUCAGCUCCAGCUCAAGAAUCAGUGACUGAUCCAGCUGACAACGAGGAUUCGUUACGCGUAUAUACGGAUUUCGGAAAAAAAUUAGAAGAGCAAAUGAGAGCAAAUCGGCUGGAAUUAGAAGCAAAGAGGCAACAAAGAAUAGACAGAAAUAAUCAAGCAAAAGAAGAACAGAGGUUGUUACUAGAAGAACUGAGAAAAACUGGCUCAAAUUCGCAAUGA